AUGCCCACAGCAUCCAACGAUCCGCCAAGCUUUCAGGAUGCGGUUUAUUACAUUAAUCGUGUGGAGGCAACAAAAAAGUUUACACGUAAAGAUAGGCGUCAAUGGCAUCGACGCAUCUUAGCACAUUGGAGGGAGAGCCCCGAGAAAUUCUUAAAUCACUCCAUUGGAGUCUAUGGGAUGCCAUUUUUGGUAGUGCUGUGUUUGACAAUUCGCGGCUUUCACAGCAUCAAGAACAGCAAGCCCUUCUGGGAUGUUAAUGUCUACGGCAAGUCCGAUGAAGAGCGAGAGUUGCAGGACUCGUGGCUGAGGCUCAAACGCUUUUCAGAUCGCCACCCAGAGCAUGAGGGUCUUGAUAUGACGGUAGCGAUGAUGUCUCCUGGACAGUCGCAUCUGUCGUCGUCGCGAGCGGAACUACGUGAGUCCGACGUCACGGACCCCCAUUUUCACAGCGAAAUCUGGUGGAAGCUUCGACACAUGCGGUACUACGGUCACUGGCCAAAAGGUCUGGCGGAGUAA